AUGACAAUCACCGAGCAUCGCUGUGUUGCAGAUGAUGAGAAUCCAAAAAUAUUCUCAGCAUGUCAUCCAGUCACACUUCGCGGAAGCAAAGUUGGCCCAGAGGAACAAAAGUCUUCCCUGCUGGCUGCUUGGGCGGUACUAUUGCGAGACUACUAUGCACCAAAUCUACCCGCCUUUGUGCACCUUCGGUUUCAAGAUGAUGAUUUUUCGAAGAAGCAUGUAAAGGUAUCUCCCCUUCAUGGCCAACGAAUCUCAGUCCAAACCGAUACCGGUACCACUAGUGAGCAGCUAGUAAAUGUGGUAACUCACGCUGUGAAGACCAGUGAUUGGGCUGGGCUCACUGCCACAAAAGAGAAAACAGCUGUUUUGGUAUUAUCGAGGGAGCAGACGAAAGGGACGCCGCAGUUGCUUGAAUUACUUGAGGUCGAAAUGCUAUUAGUAAUAACGGAAUCGGAUAACUGUUUCAUGGUAAAUGCAUACGGGAACGGAUCCAAGAGACCAGAGUUCAGACCUUGUGCUAUAUUGAACAGCUUCAGGAGCAUCCACAGCGCCAUCGUUUGCCAAUCGGACAUGAAGAUCAAUGAUAUAAGCACUGUGGCUUCACUCGAUGUCGAGAGACUACACCAAAUCAAUGGUAACAAGAAGACCCAAGCCAAAAGACCACCAGAGUGCCUGCAUGUGCUCAUCAGCAAGCACUAUUCUCUGCAUCCCGAGAAAAUUGCACUAGCAUCGUCCUCACAAAGCGUCACGUACGCAGAACUGGGUAAAAGCUCAGCCGCCAUAUCUCAUUUCUUGACGAGCAAGGGUAUCCGGGCUGGAGAUACAGUGGGUCUCUGCAUGGAUAGAUCAGUCCAGACGAUCAUAAUGAUGGUUGGGAUUUUGAGAGCUGGAGCUGCAUAUGCCCCAAUAGACUCAACCUCUCCACCAGGGAGAAUCACACAGAUUGUGGAAAAAGCCGACAUAAAAUAUGUGGUCACUGAAGACAAACUACGUGACAAAUUCCAGGACCUCAAAGUGAAAUUGAUCACGUCGAGCCAGCUUGACCAUUCUCAGUCCCCCAAAGAUUGGUUUGAAGAAGCCCACACCGACACAUCAAAACCUGUGUAUUUGAUGUUUACAUCUGGCAGUACGGGCAUCCCAAAGUGUGUUGUCCACGGCCACGGAUCAGUGUCUCUUAGUCUUCUUGAAUGCGUUGAUGAACUUUCAAUCAAUGGUUCUACUCGAUUGAUGCAAUUGGCAAGCUUGGCGUUUGACGCUAGCAUACUGGAAGUCUUCGCGCCACUCGCCGCUGGCGGGUGUCUCUGCGUCGUAUCACAAGAGGAGCGAGAUGGCGACUUGGAGUUAGCGAUGGAGAGCUUGAAAGUAUCACACGCAUGGCUCACUCCAUCAAUGGCCCCGCAAAUUCAACCAGAGAACCUACCAAGUCUUCGCAGCCUCAGCGUUGGAGGGGAGCCUGCUUCUGCGGAGCUCGUGUCGACAUGGGCUGAGCGGGUCCAGCUAAACAACCUAUAUGGCACGACUGAGACUGGUGUAUGGGACACAGUGAAGAUAGGAAUGAAACCAGGGGACCAGCCCAAGAACAUCGGCCGUGGCAUUGGCAAUGUCGCGUGUUGGAUUACAGACCCAACCAACGUGCAUAGGCUGAUGCCCUUUGGCGCCGAAGGAGAACUACUUAUUCAGAGUCCACACCUCGCACUCGGGUAUUUGCAGGACCCAUACCGUGAAGCGCAAGCCAUGCUCGAUCCUUGGUCCCUAGAAUGGUCACCUCUCAUGCCUCAGGUUGAAGGAACCCGAGUAUACCGUACGGGUGAUCUGGCCAAGUACAAUGAGAAUGGCGACUUGGUGUUUUUGGGUCGUCAAACCGGAUACGUUAAGAUCCGCGGACUGCGCGUGGAUCUGGGAGAGGUUGAAAAUGCAAUUAAGUCAUGCCUCAAAUCCGGUCGCUCGGCAGUCACUUUGUCUGGACAAGGGGGUCAGGAUGUCGAGAUUGUUGCUUUCGUCGAAACAACUGAUUACCAGGAAGAUCAACUAGCCGAAAGUAUGCAUGACCAGCUGUCCAAAUGCCUUCCCAAAUAUAUGAUUCCGACCGCGUUUGUGUCAAUAAAGUCCAUGCCACUCACGAUGUCAAAGAAAAUUGAUCGACAGCAGCUUCGAGGCCGAUUGUCAGAUAUGAGCCAAAAGGACCUUCAAGAAUACCGCAAGGGGGGCCUUUCAGUCAAUGACUGCUGUGAAAUCCCAAACUCAAGAACAUUGGCGGUCGAAAUCAGCAACAUUAUUGCAGACAUGUUCGAGAGCAAGGACAAAGACUUUGCAGCAUCUCUCCGAGGGACAGACUUUUCGCUUGUCAGUGUCGGUCUCACGUCCAUGCACUGGGUAUCGUUGGUGAACUUGAUUAGGAAGAAAUACCAGAAGAAACUCAAGAUCGAAAAUUUGCAGAAACAUGAUUUGUCGGUUUGCAAUAUCGAAGACUAUAUUCUCGGAAAAAAGGAUCCCAGGAGGAAAACCAACCAAGCCAGAAAUCUGAUAGCCGAUCUCGCAAGACUGAAGCCAAAGCUCGAUUUCAUUCAAAUUCGCCAAGCAACUGUCUUUCUAACGUCGAUUACUGGAUUCCUCGGAAGCCAGAUAUUGAGGUAUCUAUUGGAACAUCCGGAGAUCAAGUGUAUAAUCGGCCUUGUUCGGGCAAAGGAUGAAGAGCAAGCCCGACGGAAGGUUCAGCAACAAGGUGAACUAGGCCGUUGGUGGCUGCCUGGGUAUCAAGAUCGCAUCGAAGUCUGGACUGGGGAUUUAAGCAAACCCCUGCUUGGCCUGGACCACUCCAAAUGGGACCGCCUGUUUUCAACGGACAAAGCAAAGCGCGUCGACGGUAUUAUUCACAAUGGAGCUCGAGUAAACUGGAUGGAUAGCUAUGAAGAUCUUGAGCUUGUGAACAUCCACAGUACCAUCGACAUUCUCUCUGGGCUUUCAAAGACGGAGUCUCCUUGUCCACUGAUUUAUGUUUCCGGGGGCUAUAUGCCAAUGGAGCCGGAGAGCCACGUUGAAAUUGCCAAGAAGCUCUCGGAAGCAUCAGGAUACGACCAAACGAAGUUCAUGUCCCAAUUGCUGUUGAACGAGUACAAUAAGCACUUAGACCGAUCAAACUCCAAGGCCGAGAAGGCGCGGACCGUGAUACCAGGAUUUAUCGUCGGAACCCAGAAAGAGGGCGUCGCGCAUACGGAAGAUUUCCUGUGGCGACUGGCGUUCAGCAUUGUUCGAUUGGAAGCCGUUAGCCAGGACCUCCAAUAUCUCACUGUGGCAGGCGUGGAUCAAGUGUCCAGUCUAAUCACCGAUGUGUUCCUGCACCCGGAGCAAUAUUCAUCAGAAGCAAUCAACUGCGUAGACGGAGUCACCUUUUCCACAUUCUGCGACGCUAUAAGUAGGCAGAUGCAGAUGCCAAUUCGAAGAAUGAGCCAUGAAGAAUGGAUGAAGUUAUUGCAGAUAGAUGUGGAAGAAGCCGAUUUCGACCAUCCGUUCAUGCCAGUUUUGAGUUGGUUUGAGGAAAACACCCGGCAGUUCAUGGCUGAUCAAGACAAUGUCCCACGGAACUGCUAUUUUGACCAAAGAGAAACAGUUGUCGCGUUGGAAAGCAGCGUGAGAUACAUGAUGGAUAUUGGGUAUCUCACGCAAGACGAGGCCCGUCAGAAACAGCUGGACGCAUCUGCUGUGUUCACUAGGUCCAGCUCUUGA